CAGAGGCUGCGCCUGCGGCGGGGCCCGUGCAGUCUGCUACCUGGCUGCGCACGUGAUGGGUCGCCCGAGAGCGCCGCUGCUGCUGGCGGCUGCACUCUGCGUCUGCGCCGCGCUCUGCUCGCAAGGAUGGGCGCUACGCUGCUACUACUGCAACUCCAAGGGUAACGCCAGCUGCGGGGACCCGUUCUCUCCCGAGCUGGUCAGUCUCGUCAACUGCUCUCGCCCUGAGCAGCUCUGUGGCAAGAUCACACACGUCGCUGACGUCGGGGCCGACGUGGAGCGGCGCUGCGUCUCCGGAGGCGGGUCCGCACCGUGGGCCAGCGGCCACGUGUACACGUGCGGGCACGACGCGUGUAACGGGGCGGUUCGCCUCCGGCCGGCUGCAGCUGCCGCUGCCAGCGCCCACGCCGUGCUGUCGCUCGCUGUCUGCGCCGCCGUGGGCCGCGCCUUCUGACUGCUUCGCGCCCGCCAGCCGGCUGCUGCUGAUAAGCAGUGGAACCCGCCGUAGUGGAUAGCAACCAGUCAAAGUGGGGGCGGUUCAGUUUCGGAUUGCAUCUGGCGGAUGCUCCACUGUAGUCUCAGCCUAGACAGUUAUCUCGGACACAGGCCUAGAAAGCGCCAUCGAAAUGGUUUCGCCAAUAUGUUCACUUACUUUGGAAAUGACGAAUUGGAAGGUUGAGUGACGAAUCAGUCAUAAGUAAGCUAAAUACCAUAGACACAAUGCAGAUGCUCAAUCUCGUUUCAGUAAGUAGGAGAGAGUGCUUACAAAACUAUCCGAUGCACGAGGAUGAACUUGACAAGAGAGACUACGGAUUUGCAAAAAGAAAAAAAAGGGACGUUUGGACUUAAACCGUAAAUAAAAUGACGAAACAGUUCAAUUUACGUCCUACUCUCCGGCCUAGUGGUGUUCACAGCUUUGUUUCUGUCCGUAGCCAGUCAGCUCUCCAUUUGUCCAGUUACACACUUACUAAUGCUAACGUGACAGCACAUACAGACCAUGUGUCCUUAAGACCUUCGUGCAUAGGGCGCUUUGUAUAUCCGAUAAAGAUAACUAGCAAGAAGAACUUACAUACCUCAUUUUCAAAUCGAAUGGAUUUUCUCCGCAACUAAUUCGUAGAGUAUUCAAUGCAAAACCUACAAUGCAGGAAUUUGAGGGGAGGGGGUGGGGGGGGGGGGAGAAAAUAGUAAUUCCCUCAGAUAUAGUGAGUUUUUGCCCAAUGUGGGUGCUCUUUCCUCGAAGAUAGGCUGUAUUCUUGAGAAACACUGUGUUAAGGUGAUCUUCUGGCACCCACGAAGAUUGCAGGUUUACUCGGCUCUGUGAAGGACGAUUUACAGCUUCGUAAAGCGGGUGUGUCUCAGAUUCCUUGCGGAAAUUUUGAAAAGUUGUACAUACGUAAAACAACACGCACCGUUCAUGGGAGAUGUUUGGAGUAUCGAAGAUACACACGCUUAUUAUAGCCAGACAUGUCAGCUGUGCCGAACAUUGUAUUGUUACAGGACAGUCCAUGAAUUAUAGAUUUUGAGGUCCACCACUUCCUUUUGGAAAUCUGUCUUCAAGGAAGCUAUAGAAAUUAGAUUAGCUAAUAAUUAAAUAAAUAGAGAUAAUGGUUUUAAUUUGGACAAAGCAUGGAAUCCAGCUCUUGGGAAAAUUAAAUUGCAGAGAAGUCGUCAUGGUGUAACCGCCGACGAUUAUACAUCGAUGAGCGAAUCGAAAGCCUGUACGCCUUCGCCACGGGUGGCGCAUUUGUAAGCGUAUUUCUUUGUUGCCGACCAGCAUCUUGGGACCCGCAUUCACAGUACCGCCGUGGUGGAGCAUAUAACGCUGCGCUUGGCAUCUUGUCGUCAGUCUUGCGACUCACUCUGAGGAUGGUUGGACGAUAUGCGGCCGAAAUAUCAGAGGAAGAAAUUUUAUUUGAGCGGCUGCAUGCCCGAAAUUAAAUGGACACAGUGUUUUAAUGGCAUUUGAAAAAUAUGGAGAGAAACAGUAUCCCCAUACGACCUCGUGCUGUUCACUCCUUCCUUGUGUCUUGCAUGGAAGUUGCAACUUCUCUGUGGGGCUGCUCUCUAAUGAAAGUUCAUUAACAGGAAGGAAAAACAACUUUUUUCGAUAUUGUUAAUACACUGUUGCAGAUAAAUUGGAUAUACUCUGAAAACGUUUCUCUCAUUCGAGACUGCCACGUCCUUUAUAAGCACGGUACCUGUCUUAAAAACGAAAUAGUAUACAGGGUAUGUCCAAAGAAUCGUCUUUCAUAAUUAGAUUGUUUCACCGUUUACAUAACUCUGAAAGUAGCCUGGUAAACUGCCAUCGGUCGAGCUCAAUCAUUAUUGCUCGCCCUACAGUGGAUUUUCGUCUUACGUCACAAUAAUGUAAACCAGUUAUUCACACGUAAAUAGCUCCACUUUUCAUGCAGUAUCCAAGAGAGACGGUAUUACGAAAAACGGUUAAUUUGCACGAUUGUUACUAAAUCAUUAUCAAACUGCAAUCCAGUACCAAUGAGAAUGAAAAUUUAAGAAACACCUACCCACCACAGGCCGUGGACAGAUGUCGAGACUCUCUCUUGCCAUUCACCCGUCUUCCUCACUAGUGGUUCACAGGAGUAUAUUUCGUUCAGGAGCGCGCACGGCAUAGGGAAGCUGUGAACGUACAUUGCAUGCAUCUGCAUGUAUUAACCAUACAAAUUAUAAAAACCGAUAACUGAUUACCUAUCGCGUACGUUUCAGUGAACCAACAAUUUUCAAAUGGAAGGGGAACUUACUGUGAGUGAAACACAGUACAAAGUAUCACCCUAUCUUGCAAUGUAAGUUGAAUAGAAAAUUUUUAAAGACGUAACGGCACUUCCUGAAAGUCGUGAAAAGAUUCUUCAACUGUUAAUUGCGCCUGAAAUAUUUGCGAUAGAAUAAUCAAAAGUAUACCACAUCUCCUAAGCCCUAGAAUAUAUUAAAAUUUUGAAAUAGUAUGGCAAAACCUGAAGUAGAAAACGUACACACAUUCUAUAUAAUUUUCAGUAGCAUUAGUUUUUACCGAAACUGUUCAUAAGUACUGUAAAUAUAGACUAAUGAAUCUAAUGAAGACAUGUCGUAUGUACGAUUACGGGUUUAUGUCAAAGUGAAACUUCCUGUCUCUGCUUCUUGCCAUUCAUAAAAAAAUAUCGUAAAACACGCAAUAGCUUGAAAAAUAUUGUAUUUCACCUUUUCGGAAAUUUAUCAAAUGUCAUUAUUCUUCAUAUAAUAUAAAGUACUGAUAGUGAAGUUAUUGUAUAAACAAUUAUUAUUCCUUUCGAAUGACUGAGCAAUGACUGUGACGUCGUGUGGCUGUGCUGGGUACGGCCAGUACGAGGGAGUGCUGGCUCUCACAAUCAGAACCAUUCGUCGGUGCCGACGGAAACCUCACUACAUUAGCUAGAGACGAAGGGAAGGACAUACUUGCUUCUCCACAAAAUGUAUUUCAUAUAUAGACACACCACCUAAUGAUUUAUUCCAAACUAUUUGUAAAAUGUUCUAGGAAGACAGCUUUCGGAAGGAAUGAGGAAGAACGUAUUUUAAACAUACCUGCGCCUUUUCCAAUUCAAAUAAAACUUCAAUUAAGUGUAUAACUCCAUCACUUCCUUUUGACUUAAAGUAUACAUCAAAACUGUACCCUGAUAAUGAUACAACACAGAUUAUAUCAGACACUUUGUUAAUUCGGCAGAACUAUUUUGAGCAGGUUCUCGUUGAUGUGGAAUAUAUCAGAUAAAUAUUUCAUACAAGAUUUGGUACAUUUAAAUUUAAUGUUGACUGCCUAGACUAUAAGUUAGGUAACCCUAAAUAAUAUGAAUCAAUUUUAACGUUAAUUAAUAUAGUCAGUCAUAGACAAGCAAAUGUGUAUGUAAUAUAGAUGAUACCAGCGAAGUGUAAUGAAAAGGAGAGUUUACAAUGGUUAAUUAUGUUGACAAUGUUACUCUAAGUCCAUAAGAAUACGAAAAUUACUUACUAUUCAUUUUGUCUGAUGUUUUGAGUAUUACAUUCUAUAAAUACCUCAGGUUCGUCUUAACCUCAA